AUACCUCGAGUGGAAGCCGGUCUUUCAAAAAUUCUUUUUCAAAAAUGGCGGAUUUUCUAAAUGGAACGUUGUCCAUUUCGGAGGAUCCUGUCCAACUGCCUCUCAUGGGCAGUCCUUGGCCCACGUUGACUAUUCUCUCCAUCUACCUGCUGUUCAUUCUGAAGGUCGGAAGACAGUUCAUGGAAAACCGAAAGCCCUUCGAUCUUCGAGGAGUGAUCAAGGCCUACAAUAUCAUGCAGAUCGUUUACAAUAGUGCAGCUCUGACAGGCGGUCUCUACUUUUUAUUCGUGUUAAAAGCGUACGAUCUGAGUUGCAUCUCGAGAUUGCCGCUGGAUCAUGAGUACAAAAACUGGGAGCGAUGGCUCAGCUACUCGUACUUUUUCAACAAGCUAAUGGAUCUCAUGGAGACAGUUUUCUUUGUGCUCCGAAAGAAGUAUCGCCAGAUAUCCGUCCUUCACGUCGUCCACCACUUGAUCAUGGCCUUUGGCGGAUACUUGUACCUCACCUACAGCGGCUAUGGAGGAACUCUAUUCCCAUUGUGCCUGCUAAAUGUGGCCGUCCAUGUGAUUAUGUACACUUAUUACUAUUUAUCGUGCGUCAGCAAGGACUUGCAGACGAGUCGGUGGAAGAAGUACAUCACCAUUGUCCAGUUAGUCCAGUUCCUACUAGUCCUCUCGAACUUUAGCUAUACGUUGAUGCAGCCCAACUGCAAUGCCUCCAGACCAGUGAUAUAUUCCGGCAUGUUGGUAGAUAUAACCUUUAUCCUGCUGUUCGGAAACUUCUACCUGCAUGCCUACGUACUGCCCAGCAAAAAGAAACCAGAACUGAAAGUACAUUGAA